AUGAUAAAUGGUAGAAAAAACAGAAGUGUGAAAACCAAAAAUUACAUUAUAAAUGUCAACUGCUACACGUGGAUCAACAACAGCCAUGGGCUGUUCGAUUAUGAGAGCGAAAAUUUCUACAAAAAAUGUUUUAAGAUAAAAUGCCUGUACAAUUAUUACUACAUAUUGAAGGACGAUAUUAACGUAGAAAUUAAGAAUGAAGAAGAAAUAAAUAAAAUAAUGUUAAAUAAUUCAAGUAUGAAGCUGAUAUGUAAGAUAAAGUAUAUAAAUAAUAAUUACCAGUUGAUACCUUGUAUUGAUAGCACGAACGAUGGGUCCAGCACUGCGGGGGGGACUACAGUUGGUCAGGCGCACGGGAGAAACAAUGUGACGAACGGGGAAAAUAAGGAGAGUGUUGAUAACGCAGGCGAUAACAAUGCAGAGAACAGUAACAGUAACAACGCGGAGAACAACGCAGAUAACAAUGCCGAUAAUAACGCAAAUAACAGUGGCCGUAAUAACAGUCGAGAAGGUAGGGAGCACGGUGACAGCGGAGGAAACGACGCAGACAACUUCUGGGUCAUCGUGAAGUACCUAAAGAACAAGACCUCCAUACUGCACGAAGAUGACAUUAUAAAGCUCGGCAGGGUCAAGUUGAAAAUAAAAAAAAUUAUCACAAAUUUGCAGCAAGAAAGGGAAUACAACAAAUCCCUGUCUCCCUUUGCCGAUGAUGAAUGCGAAACCGACGCCCCAGAAAUGGUUCACCCUGGAGCUGGUCCCCACGGGAUGAUGCCUACUCCCGGAAUGAAGCAUCCCACGGGAGACAAUGCCCCAAUUGAUAAAAAUAUUACUUCGAGCAACUAUGUCAGCGGAAGUAUCAAUCCGCAUAUCACCUUACGCAGUAGCCAACUGCAAGAAGACGAGAAUGCUGACAUUAAUUGUGCCGCAGUCAAUAACAGUGUGGAGGAUAGCUAUAACUUAUAUGACGAUGUGGAUGAUCUUAGUGAUGCGGUGGAGGGGAGCGAAUUGCCCAGAGAGGGAGAAAGCUUCCUUGGGAAAUGUAUCAAUGGGAACAGUGAUGAACCAAACAGACCACAAGAAUGUGACAUCAAUUUAGCCUCCAACAAUUCGUACGUGGAUGAUUUUUAUCUUUUUAAGGGGAACAUGCUUAAUGUGGAAGGGAGGGACGCACAAAGUAAGAACGAGAAGAAUGAGGAAGAUGUAGCAGUGUUCAGAGAAUCCCCCUUUGGUGGUGUGUUAGACCACCCCUUACAGGGGAAGACGGAGAGUGGAAAUGGUACCGUUAAUGAUAAACACACAAUGCAGAUUUCAUGUGAACAAAAAAAUGACAGUGGCGCAGCGAACCGUUUUUUAGGAUCGCAGGCUAAUUGCAAUGGUGCGAUAAGCGAAAUAGACAACGACGAUGGUGGUGGUGGUACGAAUGUUAGAAGGGACAAAGCAGAGGGGGAAGUAAACCAGACAAAUAAUUUGUCGGAAAAUGAACAAGCUUCUUUGUCUAACAUAGAACAACAAGAAGCCCCCUAUGAUUCACAUGGGGUGCACUCAAACUUUUCUGUGAGUAACCCCCAUUUGAGGAAUCAAACCGGGGAAAUUAGUUCCAUACGUAGUAAUGAAAUUGAGCAUAAUGCCCCUUCUGUAAAUGCGCCAAGAGAAGGAGGUAACACACUGAAUAACACCAACAACGUUGUAAGUUUUAUAGAAUGUAAUGAUGAAUUGGAGAAUAUAAGCGGAAGCCAAGAUGGAGAAAAUGGUAGUAACAACGAAGAUUCAUUCAGAUUUAUGCGAAAGAGAACCACAUGUAUGAGCAUGUCGUGCGGGAGUAGAGGGAAAAUUUCGUCGAUGACAGAUUACCAAACCAUGCAGUCGAAAGAUUUGGUUCGGCAAAAUAAAAGUGAAGUGGGGACACCCAGCAUGUACAAUUGUAGAAUAUGUCUGUGCGAAUACGAAAAUGAAAACAACCCAUUGAUAUCCCCAUGUAAGUGUAAAGGGUCUAUGAAGUAUGUGCAUUUGAAUUGUAUUAGAACGUGGAUGAAGGGAAGAUUAAACGUUAGAAGUGAGUGCUCCUCCUACUCCUUCUUCUGGAAGCAACUAAAUUGUGAACUGUGUAAAUUUCCCUAUCCGACUUAUAUUUAUGCACAGAACAAAUUCUUGGAGUUAUAUGAAAUCCCCAAACCAGAACUUCCCUACAUUGUCAUCGAAUUAAUGAAUGAUAGAAACAAGGGAUUCUACAUUGUUAGUUUGGCUAAUACAAAAUGUGUUCGGAUGGGUAGAGGACAUGACACCGAUGUACGUGUAAAUGAUAUCUCCGUCUCAAGGUUCCAUGCCAUGAUUAAAUUUUAUAAUGGAAAUUUUUAUAUAGAAGAUUGCAAGAGUAAAUUUGGAACCCUCAUUCAGAUAAGGAAGCCAGUCUUCUUUAACAUUAGACGAAAUAAAUUCAUUGCUCUACAAGUAGGAAGAACAGUAAUGUAUGUUUAUAUGAAGAGGAAGAAUUGGAUUUUUUUACCCAUCUGCUUGAAGCUUUCCAAAACGAAGGAUGAGGAUGUUAGCACCUUGGAUAAUUUUUCCUCCAAAUUGAUUAUCGAUAAUAAUAUGCAGUUAGAAAAUGGCAACUUUGAAUUAAACAGGGGGGAUGCUGAGGGGGAAGGUGCUAAUUACGAACGCGUGAGUGAGGUGGAGAAUAAUCCGAUGGUGGAUAGUUCAGUGGUGAACACUCCUGUGGAGGACACCGGUCCGCAGGAUUUGAACGAAGCCAACACCCACAACAACAGUAGCGCCCACGAUUUUAAUCUGGACAGUACGGGUAGCAUCGAAAAUGUCACACCCAGUGUGCGCAAUGAUGCGCCGCGUAACCCCGAUGACGCUGCAAAGAGCUCUGACCCUUACGAAAUCAGCGACAUCGGCAACGGUGCAGGCAACGGUACAGGUAACGGUGCAGGUAACGGUACAGGUAACGGUGCAGGUAACGGUGCAGGUAACGGUGCAGGUAACGGUGCAGGUAACGGAGCGGACAAUAGCGUUAGGAACGACGCGGACAGCAGUGUUCCCCCAAACGUUAUGAAUGGAGGCGUCCCCCCCGGUUAUUAUUAA